AACUCUCAUCAGGUUCAGUUCACGCAGCAGAGACCUCGACGCACUCACCACACAGCCUCGCGUUUCCACCUACAGCGACACAGGCCACUACCAGCUAGCUACCUCGGCACGCCCAGCCGGCCAGCUCUCAGCUGAUCACGUCCGUACGCGUCAUGGCAAUGGCAUCGGCUCUGCCGCCGUUCACGGUGCGGCGCGGGGAACCCGUGCUGGUGGCGCCGUCGUCGCCAACGCCGCGGGAGACGAAGCCGCUGUCGGACAUCGACGACUCCGAGGGCAUGCGCUUCUACAGCUCUGGCAUCCACCUGUACCGCGCCAACCCAUCCAAGGCCGGCCAGGACCCGGCCACGGUCAUCCGCGAGGCGCUGGCGCAGGCGCUCGUCCCCUACUACCCGCUCGCCGGCCGCCUCCGCGAGGUGGAAGGCAGGAAGCUCGUCGUCGACUGCGCCGCGCAGGGCGUCCUGUUCGCCGAGGCCGACGUCGACCUCACCGCCGACGACUUCGGCGACGUCCAGAGCCCGCCGUUCCCGUGCUUCGAGCAGUUCAUCCUCGAGAGCACCACCGUCGCCGGCGUCGAGCCCGUCGUCGACCGCCCCUUGCUGUACGUCCAGGUCACCCGCCUGGCGUGCGGCGGCUUCAUCUUCGGCCAGCGCUUCUGCCACUGCGUCGUGGACGCCCCGGGCGGGAUGCAGUUCGAGAAGGCCGUGUGCGAGAUCGCGCGCGGCGCCGCCGCGCCGUCCGUCGCGCCGGCCUGGGGCAGGGAGAUGUUCAUGGCGCGCAACCCGCCUCGCCCGGCCUACCCGCACGUCGAGUACCGCGAGCCCGCGGGCGGCGUUGGCGUCGACCGGAUACUGACCACUCCCGCCGCUGACAUGGUUCGCGUGCCCUUCUUCUUCGGGGCACGGGAGAUCGCUGGGCUGCGCCAGCGGGCGCCGCCCGGGAUGCGCUGCUCCCGGUUCGAGCUCGUCGCCGCGUGCAUCUGGCGCAGCCGCACCGCCGCGCUCGGGUACGCACCCGACGAAGAGGUGCGCCUGUCCUUCAUCGUGAACGCACGCGGCCGGCCCGACAUCCCGCUCCUCGAGGGAUUCUACGGGAACGCCUUCGCCUACUCCGUCGCGGCGGCCACCGCCGGGGAGCUCUGCGGCGGGGACCUCGGUUUCGCGCUGGAGCUCGUGAAGAAGGCCAAGUCGGCGGUGACCUACGACUACCUGGUGUCGGUGGCGGACCUGAUGGUGCUGACGGGGCGGCCGCUGUUCGAGGUGUCGAGAACGUACAUCGUGUCGGACAUCAGCCACGCCGGGUUCAAGAGCAUCGACUUCGGCUGGGGUGAGGCCGUCUACGGCGGGCCGGCGAAAGGCGGCGAAGGGCCGCUCCCCGGCGUCACCAACUACUUCUCAAGGGCCAAGAACGGCAAGGGGGAGGAAGGCACCGUCGUGCCCAUCUGCCUGCCCAAGGACGCCAUGGAGAAGUUCCAGCUCGAGGUGGAAGGCCUCACCGCCGAGCUCUAGGCGAUCCACCGCCGCGCACCGGCCGGCCGGCCGGGGUACAUGCAUAUAUACAUGUCAGGGUGUGCGCAUGCAUAACAAUAGCCUACCAAGGAAGGCAUGAGCGCAACUUUACACUACUGUAGAUAGAACGUCGUCAUCAAGUACGUACACCAUAAAUGCGUCCUGUUCGUCUCGUCGAUAUGGCGGUAUAUAUACGCGUGUUUUGUUUUCUUACUAUAUACACAGCUGUACGUACGCACCGAAAUAUAUACGGUGGUGUGUUCUCCACCGAAAUAUCACUUGCAGAUUUGCAAUGUCAA